AUGCUCCAGGGCGCGCGUGACUGGCUAGAGGGCGGGGGAAAUAUCGGCGGUGCCCAUCGGAGUGCAUGGGUUGCCGCGUACGUGUGCGCAUUACCGACUACGCAUAGCGCACUGCAUGGUCCCCCCGGGUACUACCUGCGGCGCGCGCGCCCGUCGCUGAGCCGCUUCUGGCACAUCCACCUGCCGGGCGGCGGGUGGUGCACCACCGAGGAGACCUGCGCGUGGCGCGCGGGGAGGAAGCUGGGGUCGUCGCGCCUGUGGCCCCGGGCAAUGAUUCCGGCAUGGCUGCCGGGCAUUAUGAGUGCAGACCCGGACGUGAACCCGGGGUUCAGCGAGUGGAACAUGGUCAUGGCUGUGUACUGCGAUGGGGGAGGGUACGUGGGGCGACGGGGGGAGGUGACUGUAGCGGGCAACACAACACUCCACAUGGACGGAUGGAAGAUUGUAAUGGCCAUUCUCGAUGACCUCUCAUCUAAAGGGCUCAUGGCAGCUCAACAGGUGCUAAUAACGGGAGAGUCAGCCGGGGGGCAGGCAGUCGUGAACCUGUGUGACUAUAUCGCAGCCUACCUCUCCUUCGCCACGGUCAAAUGCCUCUCUGAUGGGGGCUUCUUCAUUGACGUGCCAGACAGGAGGGGGCGUUCCUUCUUCCGAGAGAUAGCAGAGAAUGCGACACAGCUGCACCAGAUGUUCAACCCUAAGUGCAACCAGGAUCUUCCAAGUCAAGCCCAGUGGCGCUGCUUCUUCCCACAGUACUCGCUCGCUUACGUCACGUCCGAUAUAUUCAUCCUCAACACUCUCUUUGACCCCAUAGCGCUCAUGAUUGGGGCCCAGCUGCCCUGGGGCCAUGAGCACGCCAAGGAGUGUCUGUUUAGUCUCCGAUGGGGUGCAUCAGGUGGGGGAGGAGGGGGCUUGAGUGGCGGAGCGGGUUUUUGGACAGGAGGUGCUGGGAUUGGGGGAGGAGGGGAGGGGGGGAGGCUUGGGGGAGGGAGGGGAGUUUUGAGGGGAGGGGUUGAUGGGGAGACAGCAAAGCCGAAGAUGCUGGGUGGUGAUGGUGGUGCUGUAUUCACAAGUGUUGGCAUGGCAGAGAGUGAUUAUAAUGAAGCGUUUUGGGGAAGUGGUUACAGUGAAGCUGGUUCGGUUGGCGUCAACAUAGCGGAGAGCAGCGGGAGCAGUAAUGGGAGCAAUGGUGAUCGUAAUGAAUACGCCAAUGAUCCACAUGACAAUAUCAGAGUGUUCUUACUGAAUGCAUAUGCACAUGGGAUUGGCGGCACCAGCUAUUGGACAUCGUUUACAUCUGACUGGAUGCUGAUGCCGCUGAAUAUUGCAGUGGCUAACUGGGAUCGGGAUGCAGCUCAGCAACAUCCGACAUGGACAGGUUCAUUGGACUCUCUCGAGCAACAGCCCGUCCAGCCGGGACCUGGACCCAAAUACGAACCACAUUCCGAAACGGCAUUCCCCGGAGCACCGCCCCACGUGAACUAUUUUCAUUACCUUCCCCAAGUAGCACUAUCCUACCGCGAUCCUCGGGCUGGUGCUGCUCGCGACCGACAACUUCCGUUAGCUCGUGGCCGUACUGUACUGUAA